CACAGAGAGACAUUAUAACAAAGAACUUCUCUCCUUCUCUCUCUGUGUGGCCUCCGAGAGAGAGUCUCUUUGUUCUUGGCUUCGUUCUUCCUCUACAUGAGUUGAGUUUCCUUUCGAGACGACCUUGUGUGCUGUUAUUCCAAUCGUAUUCUGAUUUUGUAUAAUGGGUGGACGUUCGAUUGAUGACCGGCAACUUCCCUUUUCUAAUGCUGCUCGCACUAUGGUCUUAGUUGGACGCACUGGUAAUGGAAAAAGUGCCACAGGCAACAGCAUUCUUGGCAAAAAACCUUUCAAUUCCAGGCGUAGCUCUAGUGGGGUCACGACCGCUGCUGAAUUGAAGACUACUAUCUUGGGAGAUGGACAACAAAUUAAUGUUAUAGACACUCCGGGUCUUUUUGAUAAUUCUGCCAAAUCAGACUUUAUUAGCAAAGAAAUUGCCCAAUGCAUUAAAUUAGCCGAGGAUGGGAUCCAUGCUGUUCUUGUGGUUCUCUCAACUAGAACUCGCUUUACAAAAGAAGAGCAGUCUGCAAUCUGUAGCUUGGAAAAUCUAUUUGGAAGUAAAAUCUUUGACUAUAUGAUUGUUGUCUUUACGGGAGGAGAUGAGUUGGAAGAAGAUGAGACUUUGGAAGAUUAUUUGGGCCGUGAUUGCCCGAAGCCUUUGAAGGAAAUCCUUAGUCUGUGUGGAAAUCGUUGUGUGCUUUUUGAUAACAAGACCAAGGAUGAAAGCAAGAGGGUCGAACAAGUGCAGGGGCUCCUCUCACUUGUAGACUCGGUUAUAGAACAGAAUGGUGGGCGGCCAUACACAGAUGAGAUAUUUGCUGAAGCGAAGAAAGGGGCUAUGAAACUUCGUGAUCAACAAGAAGAGGUUGCUUCGAAGGGGUAUUCAAAACAAGAAAUAGAUCGUUUUAAUGAGCAGAUGCAGCGUCAAUAUGAUCUGCAGCUUAAACAAAUUACUGAGAUGCUUGAGUUAAAGAUGAGAUUGAAUACCAUGACGCUUGAGCAAAAGUUAGAAGAUGAACAUGCUGCACGACUAAGAGCAGAAAAGAGUGCCCAAGAGGCUCAACAAAGGUCUGCGCAUGAGAUCCGAAAGCUUAGUGACGAUCUACAAGAAGAGAAGAAGAAAAAAGGCGGAAGCAGUGGAGGUGGAAGCAGCAAAGGCGGCUGUCUUAUUCUUUAAUGUAAUGAUUUAUAGGCUAUGUGGUAAGGAGAUCGGGAGUUUGCGGCCACUGGUUGCGACGUCUGGUUGGUAAUGGCUAUGGUAUCCUGUGUAAAUAUGAAAGAUGUUUGCUCACAAUUGGAAGUUUAAUAUCUAAACUCUUCAACUAUAUGGGAAUAAUGUUGUAAGAAUAUUCAUCUCUUAAAGAGGUUUAUAUAGAAUUACAGUGAUGUACAUAUAAAGAAAAGUAA